AUGCCUCCUUCCGAUCCCCCGGCUUCGGCGCCCAGGCCGUCACAUGCGGUGUUGCUCACCGACAACCUGGAGAAGCCGUCAGUGGAUGAUCGCAACUAUCGCGUGGUCCGUCUCGCAAACCAGCUCGAGGUUCUAUUAGUUCAUGAUCCGGAGACGGACAAGGCCAGUGCCGCCCUCGACGUCAAUGUCGGAAACUUCAGUGACGAGGAGGGUAUGCCGGGCAUGGCCCAUGCAGUUGAACAUCUUCUCUUCAUGGGCACCAAGAAAUUCCCUGUAGAGAAUGACUACAGCCAAUACUUGUCAUCAAACUCGGGCAAUUCUAACGCAUAUACCGCCUCGACGUCCACUAAUUACUACUUUGAAGUAGCUGCCAAACCUGCUGAUGACAGAGAGCCAACAGAGGAAAAUCCAUCACCCCUCCGCGGCGCUUUGGACCGUUUUGCCCAGUUCUUUAUUGAGCCUCUCUUUCUCUCGAGCACUCUUGACCGAGAGCUCAAGGCUGUUGACUCUGAGAACAAGAAGAAUCUACAGAAUGAUACCUGGCGACUUCACCAGCUGGACAAGUCACUAUCAAAUCCCAGGCAUCCGUACUGCCAUUUUUCGACAGGAAACUUCGAGGUUCUCAAGACAGAGCCGGAAGCCAAAGGGAUUAAUGUGCGUGACAAGUUCAUCGAGUUUCACAGUCAGCACUACUCUGCCAACCUGAUGAAGUUGGUAGUGUUGGGGCGUGAGUCGCUUGACGUGCUUCAGAAGUGGGCGGAGGAAUUCUUCUCGGGAGUGGUCAACAAAGAACUUCCCCAGCAACGGUGGGAUACAGAGGUUCCUUUCCAAGAGCAAGAUCUCGGCAUGCAGUGUUUUGCCAAACCAGUCAUGGACUCUCGUGAGCUGAACCUGGUUUUCCCAUUCAUCGACGAGGAGCUCCUUUAUGAGUCCCAGCCCAGCAGAUACCUAAGCCAUCUCAUUGGCCAUGAGGGGCCUGGAAGUAUUAUGGCCUACGUGAAAUCAAAAGGCUGGGCAAACAGCCUGUCCGCCGGUGCAUAUCCUGUCUGCCCAGGCACACCUGGUUUCUUUGAUAUUUCUAUCCGAUUGACUGAGGAGGGCCUAAAACAAUAUCCAGAAAUUGUGAAGAUUAUUUUCCAGUACAUCUCGAUGCUGCGAGAAUCGUCGCCCAAGGAGUGGAUAUUUGAUGAGCAGAAGGGCAUGGCCGAUGUCGAUUUCAGGUUCAAGCAAAAAGUUCCAGCCAGCCGCUUCACGAGCAGAACUGCAUCAGUGAUGCAGAAGCCUAUUCCUCGUGAAUGGCUUUUGAGUGGAAGCAGCAGAUUGAGGUCGUUUGAUCCGAAAUCUAUCCUAAAGGCAUUGGCUACCCUCCGCCCCGACAACUUGAGAAUGACCAUCGUCUCUCAAAAGUUCCCUGGAAACUGGGAUCAGAAGGAGAAGUGGUAUGGGACCGAGUAUAGAUACGAGAAGCUACCGGAGGAUCUUUUGAAGUCUUUUGAGACUGCCUUCACAACUCCUCCUGAAGAUCGCUACCCGGAGCUUCACCUGCCACACAAGAAUAACUUCAUCCCCAAGGAACUUGAGGUUGAGAAGAAGGAUGUUCUACAGCCUGCCAUAGCGCCCAAGUUGCUUCGCAACGAUAGCCUUGCCAGGACGUGGUGGAAAAAGGAUGAUACGUUCUGGGUGCCCAAGGCAAAUGUAUACGUCAGCCUAAGGAGCCCAAUCAUUUACGCAUCAGCCGAGAACGUGGUCAAAGCAAGGCUGUUUACCGAACUGGUACGGGACGCGUUAGAGCAGUACGCCUACGAUGCCGAUCUCGCAGGUCUGCAAUAUACUGUUAGCCUGGGCGGGAGAGGCCUUCUCCUCGAUAUCUCUGGAUACAAUGAUAAGCUUGCCGUUUUACUCCAGCAAGUCACCACAACAAUGAAGGAUCUUGAGAUUCAGGAUGAACGGUUUGAGGUUGUCAAGGAGCGGCUUAUCCGGGGCUUCAGCAAUUGGGAGCUAAAUUCAGCCUAUCACCAGGUUGGCGAUUUCCUAAACUGCUUAAAUUCGGAGCGCGCUUUCCUGGUCGAGGAGCUGGCCGCAGAAUUACCUUCCAUCACUUCUGAGAGCGUUCGGCUGUUCCAGAAACAGGUGUUGGCUCAGUUUUUCCUCGAGACUUACACACAUGGAAACAUGCACCGCGAGGAUGCAUUGAAGGUGACAGAGAUCAUCGAAAACACCUUCAAGCCCCGAGCGCUCCCUCGCGAUCAGAUCCCCAUCGUAAGGUCUUUGAUCAUCCCUAGAGGCUCAAACUUCAUUUUCAACAAGACGUUGAAAGAUCCCGAUAAUGUCAACCAUUGUGUGGAGACACUGCUUUAUGUUGGCGACAAGGCCGAUCGGUUGGCCAGAGCUACCACCCUAUUGUUUGACCAGAUCGCCCAUGAGCCGGCUUUUGAUCAGCUCAGAACCAAGGAGCAGCUGGGGUAUGUUGUAUUUGCUGGAAUGCGCAACUUUGCCACAACCUGUGGAAUUCGUCUAUUAAUUCAGAGCGAGAGAACCCCCGACUACCUCGACUCUCGAAUCGAAGCUUUCCUGGUGCAGAUUGGGGACGUCCUGGAGAAGAUGACAGAGGUUGAGUUUGAGGGUCACAAGCGCAGUCUCAUUAUCAAACGCCUGGAGAAGCUGAGAAACCUGGACCAGGAGUCAACCAGGCACUGGAGCCACAUCUCAGGAGAGUACUAUGAUUUCGAACAAGCUCAAAACGACGCCGCCCAUGUGAAAGCACUUACCAAAGCCCAGAUCUUGGAGUUCUACAAGACUUAUAUAAGCCCAUCUUCACCAACCAGGGCCCGAAUCUCGGUUCACCUGCAUGCACGUGGCGCGAGCGAGCUUGAUACCAAAAUCAUUGCCCUUCUCCAACAAGCUGGGUUCAAUGACGUUCCAGAAGAACAGCGGCAAUGCAUUGAUCUCCUUGAAAAGUACUUGACCAAGGAUCUUGGCCUUUCAGCAGACCAAGUAUCAUCAAUCAUUUCCGAAGCCCGUGAGUGUGGGCUGAAGCGAGCCGUCUCUGGUACUGAAACUGGAGAUAUUGCCAAUGGUUCUACUGCUGUGAGCUCAGCGGUCGAGAUCACCGAUGUUCGUGCUUUCAAGUCUGGUCUGCUCGCCAGUUUAGGAGCACGUUCGGUCAAGGAUUUUAGUGAAUAUGAGGAUAGAGACUCAAAGCUAUAA